AUGUCAUCUAGACCACAAGUUUCUGUUGUCACCAUUCAAGGUGAACAAUCUAGCACCCAAUUACCAUUACCAGCAGUUUUCUCUGCACCAGUGAGACCAGAUAUUGUCCACUCAGUUUUUGUUAGAAUUAACAAGAACAAGAGACAAGCUUAUGCUGUUGCUGAAAAUGCUGGUCACCAGACUUCUGCCGAGUCUUGGGGUACUGGUAGAGCUGUUGCUAGAAUUCCAAGAGUUGGUGGUGGUGGUACUCACCGUUCUGGUCAAGCUGCUUUUGGUAACAUGUGUAGAGGUGGUCGUAUGUUUGCUCCAACCAAGACAUGGAGAAAGUGGAAUGUCAAGGUUAACCACAAUGAAAAAAGGUAUGCUACUGCUUCAGCUAUUGCUGCUUCAGCUGUUACCUCAUUGGUUCUUGCUAGAGGACACAGGGUUGAAAACGUUAAGGAAAUUCCAUUAGUUGUUUCUAAUGAAUUCGAGUCAGUUACCAAAACCAAGGAUGCUGUCGCCGUUUUGAAAGCUAUUGGUGCUCACAAAGAUGUUGUUAAGGUUAUCAAAUCAAAGAAGAUGAGAGCCGGUAAGGGUAAAUUGAGAGGCAGAAGAUUUACUCAAAGAAGAGGUCCAUUGGUUGUUUACAAUGAAGACAAUGGUUUAGUCAAGGCCUUGAGAAACAUCCCAGGUGUUGAAACUUCUUCAGUUAAGCAUUUGGGUUUGUUGCAAUUAGCUCCAGGUGCUCACUUGGGUAGAUUCAUUAUCUGGACCCAAUCAGCUAUUGAAGCUUUGGAUUCAGUCUACGGAUCAGAAUCAACCAAAUCGAUCAAAUCCAACUACUCUUUACCAACAAACAUUAUUUCAAACACCGAUGUUACUAGAUUGAUCAAUUCCGCUGAAGUCCAAGCUGUUGUUAGACCAGCUGGUGAAUCAUCUCAAAAGAAGACUCACGUUUUGAAGAAGAACCCAUUGAAGAACAAACAAGUUUUGUUGAGAUUGAACCCAUAUGCUAAAGCAUACUCUGCUGAAAAGCUUGGUUCUGCUAAAGUUGAAAAAUCAAAAGCUAAACCAUCUAAAGGUCAAUUUGCUUCAGUCUUGAAAAAUUAA